AUGGCAAGUGACACGCCUAGCGACUCCGAUUUUGAAGGCGUCGAGAUGUCAACCACACCGACGGUGUCUAUCGACCCUGACUCUGUCACUACAAGCUCACUGCACGCUUUACAGUCUGCAGAUCAGCGCAAGGUUAUGGAUAUCGUAGACAAGCUGCGACGUACAGGUCUCAGUGGCAUUGUGGAACUACCCCAGCUUGUAGUCUGCGGCGACCAGUCAUCCGGUAAAAGCUCUGUGCUUGAGGCUAUCACCGAGAUUCCGUUUCCUCGUAAGGAAAAUCUAUGCACGAGAUUUGCGACUGAAAUCAUCCUCCGUCGUUCUGCAUCGUCCACCAGCACAAUCACGAUCACUCCAGACAAGCUUCGCCCAAAGUCAGAGCAAGCCAAGCUCAAGUCGUUCAGAAAGUCCAUGAACGACUUCAGUCAGCUCCCAGAUGUGAUUGAAGAGGCGACACAAGCCAUGGGCCUGGGGGUCGUAGGUGGGAUCAAUUCAAGGGCAUUCUCUCGUGAUGUGCUGUCGGUCGAGAUCACUGGUCCAGCCAGGCCUCAGCUAACCCUUGUCGAUCUUCCAGGUCUCAUCCAUGCGACCAACAAAGCACAGACAGAGACCGACAAAGAGCUGAUCCUCAAUCUGGUCAAGGAAUACAUGAAGAAUCCGCGCACCAUCAUCUUAGCAGUGGUUAGCGCAAAGAACGAUUACGCUAACCAAAUCAUUCUCGACCAUUGCCGCAAGAUCGACGAGCAAGGUCGUCGUACCCUUGGUAUCAUCACCAAGCCCGACUUCCUCCGUGAGGGGACCGACAACGAGCUGACCUGGAUUGAGUUGGCUCAGAACAAGGACAUUUACUUGGAGCGCGGAUGGCACAUGCUUAAGAAUCGUGAUGAUAAUCAGAUGAAGUUCUCCUUUGAGCAACGCAACGCAGACGAGGACUUGUUCUUUAGCAAAGGUCGUUACGCGAAUCUGCCCCGUGAGUGCGUUGGCAUCGACUCCUUGCGCGAGCGUCUCAGUAAGGUGCUACUCAACCAUUUGAUCAAGGAGCUUCCUUCUCUGAAGGACGAAAUGGUCAGCAAGCUUCAGGGUACUAUUACAGAGAUUGAGAAGCUAGGCGACAGGCGCAACACCACUCAUGAGCAGCGCAUGGUUCUGAUGAAGAUCAGCAUGCGCAUCAGCGACAUCCUGAAAUCUGCUACUCAAGGCUAUUACGAGUCGCCGUUUUUCGGUUCAAUCAACAUGGACGCAGCUGUUGAUGCAUCCGAGAACAUUCGCCGCUUUCGAGCCGUGAUCCAACACCUCAACAUCAACUUCGCCAACGAUAUGCGCUUGAGGGGUCAUAAGUACGUAUUCGGAGCCGGACCUGGUGACGAAGAACGAGAAAUUGAAGAGGAUGUAAAAGCGCAGGAAGAGCUUGACAAUCUAGACGAACACCCGGGGCUCAUGUUCCUUCCCAGGCCCACGAAGCUUACACGACGAGAAGCCAUCGAGUGGGUCAAGAAGACUUUGGAGCGCUCCCGUGGCUACGAGCUUCCAGGCACGUUUCAGCCAAUGCUGAUAUCACAGCUUUUCUGGGAGCAGUCCCAGCCAUGGGAGCAGAUCGCUUCCCAGCAUGUUAGCACAAUUGCGAGUGCAUGCAAGGAGUUCAUCGAUACAGUUCUCCAAGAUACCGCUCCAUCUGAGUUCAAAGACAGGCUUAGAACUUUCUACGUAGAUGGUGCUUUAACCCAGGCCCUUGCUGGCGCGAAAGAAGAACUGCACAAGAUCCUAAAGGACAAAGCUCGCCAUCCCACCACUUACAACCACUACUUCACUACCACCGUACAGAAGAUGCGUCAACGCAAGCACCAGAAGAUCACGAAGAAGGCUUCAGAAGUGUCAGAAGUCAGGACGUAUGAUCGCAACAACGACUUACAUAUUCAUGUUGACCCUGGUAAGCUCACAGAGGCCAUGAACAAAGCGAUCGAGCUGGAUAUGGACGUCUUCUCAAGCUCAGAAGCUCUUGAUACUGAGCGUGCGUUCUACAAAGAUGAGAUGAAAUACUUCGUCAACGCCGUCACUAAGGCUGUCAUUGAGCGUCACUUGGUCGAGCCUCUCCCUGAAAUCAUUCUUUCACCUCUGGUCGUGACGCAGAUGACAGAGAAAGAGAUCGAGUUCGUCGCUGCGGAGCCUCCUGAGAUCACGCAGCAGCGCCUUCAUCUGGAUUCUAGGAAGAAUAUGUUGGAGAAAGGUCUAGAGACGUUCAGAGAAGCUAUGGGUGGACUGAAGCGCUAG